ACUUCUCAUUUCCAGAAGUCCACAAUGGAAGUGAUGGCCAUCGAUCGGCCUGCAAAUAUCACUUCUUUUGACUUUGUUGGAGGAGUUCAGCUCCUGCAGGGGGAGGACGUCAGAAGAGCCAUGCCCGUGGUGCUGAUAGGAAUAUGCGUGUCAGGAGCGGUGGGGAAUCUGCUCCUUCUGCUCAUUUUUAUUCGCGAUUUCAGAAACAAAAAGGGGUCAGAGGUGAAAGCUCUCCUGUCCUCUCUGGCCGGCACGGACUUGGCCAUCCUGUUGCUGUGCGCCCCUGUGCGCGCGGUCACAUACUACAAACAGACGUGGACCUUGGGGAGUUUCGUCUGCAGCACCACAGACUGGUUCCAGCACUCGUGCGUGGUUGCAAAAAGUUUAGUCUUCGCCGCCACCACCAGAGCCAAGCACACGCUGGGUUCGGGUGCCUCGACGGGAAGCUGCUACAGCCCGAUGUGGAUCCACGGAGCCCUGAUGUUUAUUUGGGUCGUGGCCAUGAUGUUUCCCAUCCCGCAGCUGCUUUUCGCCUCUUUGCUGCAGUACGAUACCGACACCGUGUGCGUCUUUGACGUCCCAGUGUGCGCGUCUGCAUUCAUGAAUCUCUUCUACAAGAUCUACCCAACUGCAACUUUUGUGGUGCCGGUUAUCUUCACCUUGGCGUUCUACACCAAAACCCUUUACACGGCGGUGAACCACGCGCCCAGCGCGCACCACCUGAGCAAGGUGACGCUGGUUCUGCUGUGUCUGAGCGGCGCGCACGGCUUCCUGCUGCUGCCGGAGUGGGCCACGUUCACCUGGACCAGACUUGGCUACAACAACCCCCCCGUGGGUCUGAUAAUCUCCACGCAGGUACUUCUUUACGCGAGCAGCGCGCUCUCCCCGCUCAUCAUCAUGACCAUGUACGACGACGUGCGCACUGGACUGAUUGCCAUCUGCUCCCUCGGAACUUGCAGACGAGCCAAACGAGCCCCGGAGGACACCUGCGCAAAAACGGAGGGGAACGGAGCGGAGGUCGGUUCCGCCAACGCGCUGGUCAGCGCCGUCUCGAACGAGAAGUCGACGGCUUUAAUCCCGGACGUGGAACACUUUUGGACAGGGCGCAGGAACACGUGCGCGGAGGUGCAGAACGACCCGGUUCCGUGGGAGACAGAGGCGAAAAUGUUAUAGAG